UGAGCCUUCUGAAGACUCCCAUUGGUGGAGAGAUGAGUGGGUGAGUUCCUAAUUCCAGCAGCCGUAGGCCAGGAACCAAGGCUAAACCGUAUGGACUCCCAGCAGGACCUGAACAUCUCUGGCACAUGGGUGUCACUGUACUUUGGAUUCCUGGCGCUGUGUUCUGUGCUAACGGGAAGCUGCAUUAUCUUUCUGCACUGGAAGAAGAACAUGUGGCGGGAAGCGUGUGCCCAGCAGUGGGUUGAGGUGAUGAGAGCCGCCCGGUUCACCUACAGCCCCCUGUUGUACUGGAUCAACAAGCGACGCCAGUAUGGCCUGAAUGUAGCCAUCAAUACGGGCCCUCUCCCUGCUGUUGCCAAGUCUGAGACUGAAGUCCAGAAUCCAGAUCCUUCAUGCAAGCUGGAUAUCCCCGAAGGCAGGAACUACCCUGUCCAACCUAGCAGCCCCAAGAUGGAGGCCCCUGACCCUCCGCAGCCCACUCUGGUGGCACAGCAGCAGCCCGUAUCUUCCCUCAUGCUGCAGCCCCAGUCCGGUUCCCCACUCCCAAUCCUCAUCUUUCAGGAGGCCCCUUGUGCACCAACCCUCUGCAGCCUACCUCCCAUCCUGAGCCACGCUGUCUCCUACCCUUUGGCCAAGCAUCCUGAGAAGAAUGUCCACUUCCAUUCCUUCCCCACACUGGCCCACGGGGCAAAGAGCUUCAAUGCCAAACCUUUUGCUGCAGAAGUCUAGCCUUCUCUCACUGGGAGUGGAAGGUGCAGCUACCAGGGGCAGAACAGAAAAUCGAGCUAACUUCAGGGAGGUGGCCAGAGCCCAUCUGAAUGUCACAUUUUGAAAGAUUAAAAAAAAAAAAUCCAAG